AUGGCGCCUAUGCGCAUUGCCCUUGAGGGCUGUGGCCACGGAAGCCUCAACAUCAUUUACGACACCGUCAAGAUGAAGGCCGAUCACCGCGGUUGGGACUAUGUGGAUGUCGUGAUUGUUGGUGGAGACUUCCAAUCCCUGCGCAACUCCAAUGAUGCCACUGCUGUAUCCAUGCCAGCCAAGUAUCGCCAGAUUGGUGACUUCCAUGAAUACUACAGCGGCAAGCGUGCUGCGCCUUUCUUGACAAUCUUCCUGGGUGGCAAUCAUGAAGCCUCCAACUACUUGUCUGAGCUGCAAUACGGCGGCUGGGUUGCGCCCAACAUCUAUUACCUCGGCGCUGCCAACAUUAUUCGUCUUGGUCCUCUUCGGAUCUCCGGUAUCUCCGGUAUCUGGAAGCCCUACGACUACGGCAAGCCUCACUUUGAGCGUCUUCCUUACAAUGAAAGUGACGUGCAGUCCAUCUAUCACGUGCGUGAGCUGGAUGUUCGCAAGCUACUUCAAGUUCGCACUCAAGUGGACAUCGGCCUUUCUCAUGACUGGCCCAAGGGUGUCGAGAAGCUUGGUGACUACAUUACUCUGUUCAAGAAGAAGCGCGGAUUCGAACAAGACUCUCAGCUCGGACGCCUUGGCAGUGAGCCCGCUCGCGAGAUCCUUGAUCACCUUCGUCCCGCUCUUUGGUUCUCCGCUCACCUGCAUGUGAAGUACACUGCCUAUGUACGCCAUGAAAUUUCAGAUCAUGAGAACCUUCCUCCCAAGCACGAGCCCGUGGCCAAAGAUGCCGCCAAGCCUGUGACCAAGCCUGUGACGCCCCCUGUUGCCAAGGGCAAGUCGGUCGACCAAGGCAGCAAGGCUCUCCGUCAGAGUCCCCCCGAGGCUAUUACUGCCGGUCAGCGCAAGCUGGGAGUCGCCACCGGAGAUACGGCAUCGCGCAUUGCGGCUUGGCAAGGAUUCAGUCAGGUGGCUCAGCAGCAGGAGAUGGCUGAUCAGGCCAACUUCAUGGCUGCCUUCCAGCAGCGCCAGGCCUCUGGUGUUCGUCUCGGUAAGAACAUGGUUUUCGAGGAGACGCUCAAGAUCGGCAAUGGUCCCAUUCAGAAGUUUAUUCGCGCCGACGGAAAGAGGGUCGAAAACAUCGAUGGCCCCAGCUCUGCUCAGAACGACGCUGAGUCCUUCGCAAAUGCCGACAAGAUCAGCCUUGGCAGCAGCCCUACCAGCUCCACUGGAGCACGUCUUGCAUCUGAGAUGGAGAAGUCCUCGAACGCCAAGCCUGCCAUGGGUCGCGAUGCAGGUGUUGCCAACAACGAUCAGAUCAGUCUGGGCUCGAGCUCCAGCCCCAAGAGUAUGGCUAGCUCCGCUUCCGUCGAGACCUCCUCGCUCGCUUUCGCCCAGCUCGAUGGGGCACCAGUUUCCAAGGAGACGGUGAUCGAGAAGAAGCAGGCUGAGGUCAAGAAGGACAAUCUCGUCGAGGAUGACCUGAUUGAUUUGAUUUCUGUGUCUCGGGAUGACCUCCCCGCAAGCCUUGAGCGUUCGCCCUCUCCAGUUGCUGUCGACAAGGUCCUUCCUGCCCCUGAGGAGAUUCGCAACAAGCUUACCAAGUUCAUGACCUUGGACAAGCCAUGCAACCAUGAUCCAUUCAUUGAGUUGAUCGAGUUCGACCCCAUCUCCGACGCCGAGGGCCCAAUGGAGGGACCAUAUCGCCUCCAAUACGACAAGGAGUGGCUGGCCAUCACUCGUGCUUUCGCCGACGAGUUUGAGUUCGGUAACGUCGAUGCCUCGGUCCCCCACCACAAGGGAUACGAAUACUACCAGCGUCGCAUUGCUGAGGAGGAGACCUGGGUGCAGGAGAACAUCGUCGAUCGCGGUCUCCUGGAUGUUCCUGAUAACUUCGUCCGUACCGCGCCUGUUUACGACCCUUCUGUCGUCAUCACCACCGAGGAACAGCCAAUCGAGUACACCAACCCACAGACCGAGGUCUUCUGUCGUCUGGUGGGCAUUGAGAACAAGCUCGACAUGGCGGAUGAGGACCGUCGCGCCCGUAUGGCGGCUGGUCCACGCGCCUGUGAUCCUCGCGCUCGCAAGAUCCGGGGCCGUGGCGGACGUGGUGGCCGAGGUCGUGGCGGACGUGGUCGUGGUGGCCGUGGCCGUGGUCGUGGCAACGGUGGCCAGGGCAAGAUCGGUGGCUGGGAGCAGGCCGCUUGGUGA